AGUUCCUAACUGCACGCUUUUACUACUCGCCCGUACCUGGAUUAGUGCCCCACCAACGCCUCCGUGGCCUUUACGUAUCUUACAACGACCUGAAAAAUAUCAUUAGAAGAGAAAGCACAAUGGAAGUUAUGCGGCCAACUUUAAUACGAAUUGGAGGACGUAUUUACAGAAAAAACCAUAUUCAAGAGAAGGCUCACCAACAUGAAGAGGAGGAAGAGGCAUUUUAUGCAGGCCUUGGGGAUGGUGCAGAUGAGCCUUGUGAUGCCUUUGUGAUAGAAGAGACUGAAAGAGGUUACCGGUGUGCUUUUGAUGUUCCCAGCCCACUAUACAAGUAUAUAAUAGGAAAGAAAGGAGAAACAAAAAAGAGACUAGAAAUGGAUACCCGAACCUCUAUCAGUAUUCCUAAGCCUGGAGCAGAGGGAGAGAUUGUGAUUACCGGACAACACCGGAAUGGUGUUAUUUCAGCUCGAACCCGGAUUGAUGUUCUUGUCGAGAGCUUUCGCAAGAAACAACCUUUCACGCACUUUCUGUCAUUUGCACUCAACCAACCUGUGAUACAGGAAAAGUUUCUACAAUUCAAGAAAGAAGUGUUAGAAAAGUGUUCAAAUGACUGUGGUGUCAGCAGCAGUCUAUUCCAAAACCCAGCAAAGCUCCACAUGACCAUUGGGACACUGGUGCUCCUGAAUGAGCAGGAAAUCCAGAAGGCACAGGAGCUUCUGCAGAAGUGUAAAGAAGAGUUUGCUGAUGCAAUUGCUGGAGGCAAACCGCUAACUGUGGAAGUCGCAGGUAUAGAGUACAUGAAUGAUGAUCCAGCUAUGAUGGAUAUUCUCUAUGCAAAAGUCACCAUGAAGGAUGGAUCCAACCAGCUACAGCUAAUAGCAGACAGACUGAUGGAUCGUUUUGUGACCUCAGGGCUAAUGCUGAAAGAGUGGGAUAGAGUGAAACUCCAUGCUACUGUUAUGAACACACUUUUCCGGAAAGAUCCCAAUGCUGAUGAGCAAAGCAACACAACCAUUGGCAAAUUUUUCAAGGGAAGGGAGUCAUUUGAUGGCCGAAACAUAAUGAAACUCUUUGAGAACUUCUACUUUGGAGGUGUGCAGCUGAAUUCAGUCUUCCUCUCUCAGCGAUUCUCCACUGACAGCUCCGGUUACUAUGCAACAUCUGGGCAGCUCACUUUCUCCUGAAGUCUUCUGCCCCAGCAGAGACUGUAUGUCACCAGAACUGCACAGUAGACAAGAUGAUGAUGGUUUAAAGGGGUCCUAUUGUUUACACUGGAUCAUUCACUCUUUGUGGAUCACCCAUAGAGUUUUGUCAAGGAUCUGAACUAGCAAAUCCACUGGGUGUGAACCCUCUGAAAGAAACGGCCCCAUGACCAAUAAGUUUUUCUUUGUUUUGUUGAUGUUUUUACUGAAGAAUAAAUGCUGGGUACAGAAGGAAUAAUAGUAUAAUAGGAAUAAUAGUACUGAGACUCAGUGUGGUGCAGUGGUUAAGAG